AUGGCAGCUACACAACAAGCUGCUGGCUCCGGCCCUACACCGACACCCACGACGACCGGACAAGUUACGCCCGAACAACUGCAAACGGCCUUUGAUAACAGCGUCUGGUAUCUGCUCUCGUUAUGGCACCCACUGCAUGUUGCGGUCACAAACGGAUGGGGUGGACCCACCUCUGAAGACAAGCGCGACUGGUUCGCAGGACACGUCUCGGAGCMCAUGUCCACCCUUCCUUCAGAUCCCGCUCAGCUUUCCUCCACAGACGCCGAGGAUCUAGAGUGCAUUCUACUGCAAAUUAUGCAGGACGAAUUUGACUGCAAUGUCGAGGACGAGAGUGAAGUCGCAGUGGCGCGAGACAUCUUUGUUGUGAGAAAGCGGAUGCUGGAGGAGAGGAGUUUAGAUGCGGCGCGGGGUGUGGAGGAGCGAUGGAGAAUUCGGGGAAUGAUGWAGGGCAGUGUGGCUGUUCGCGAGAUUGAGCCCGAAGAAGGCGAUGAAGAUGCGGAAGAGUGGGACGGCCUUGAUGAAGAUCAAGAGAUGCGUGAAGCACCGCAGCUCGUUCCUGCACAGCCGAAGGAGAAGGCUCAGCCUGAAGUCGACGACGAUGGCUUCACCAAGGUCAUAGGCAAAAAAAAGAGGUGA